AUGGAUACCAUCGACCAGGGGGACCUUUUGCGACGGGGAAGCCGCGACGUGAUUUCUAGGCGGAAUCUUCAAAAUGGGAUUCGGCCAGUAGGCCUGCCCGAGUCGCCCUGGCCACGGCCGCCGCACAGGAGCUCAGAAGUCGGAACCCGGCGAACUUCUUCCGCUCACUCAGUUAAUCAGCCUCAACUCGUCACUGUUACCCCUCAGCCGUUUCAGAUGAAGUACUUGAAGCCUAUGAAACUGUACCAUGAAGUGUUGAAAUCAAAUGAGCUCAAAAGAAGCCGUUUGCUUGGGUUGGAUGUUGGUGAUAAGUACGUGGGUCUAUCUGUUUCCGACGCUGAUAACAAAAUCGCAUCACCUUUAAGUGUCCUAUAUCGGAAAAAGAUGAAUAUCGACUUGAUAGCUAGUGACUUCCAAAGUUUGAUCUCGAAACUAUCCUUGUCAGGCUUAGUAAUCGGCUAUCCUUUUGACAGGCAGAGGAGCAGUCCAGAUGCGAUACAAGUGAAGCUUUUCAUUGAUGACCUAACAAAAACUGGGAAAUUUGGUGAUUUGAAGUAUACCUUUUGGGACGAGUGCUUCACAUCAAAGAAUGUCGAAUUUCUCUUGAAGCCUCUAUCAUUGCGUCCCGUGCAAUUUAAGACGAUUAUUGACAAAUUUGCUGCCGUUGGUAUCCUUCAGGGUUACCUGGAUUUUGUUAACCGGAGUCGAGAUCAAGAAGCAGAGAUUUUCCAAAACGAAAAGUAUUCAGAGCCUCUCAAUGAGGAAUGGCAUAAUCCAGAAAAUUAG